CAAUGUUUGUGAAAGAAGGAACCCUUCUUAUCCGCUUGUUUCAAAGGGGACCGAAAUAAGGUAGGGACCGCUGGCCACAAGGUCCUUUAGCAUCAGUUAAAGACUACAUUAUGUUCAUUUCUUCAACAAUUUAGGCUGAGUGAUGAGUAAAGAGUUACAGAUGAGGGCUGCUAUUAACCAGAAGUUGAUUGAAAUGGGGGAGAGGGAGCGGUUAAAGGAGUUGCUCAGAGCCAAGCUCAUUGAGUGUGGCUGGAGAGAUCAGUUAAAAGCACAUUGUAAAGAAGUAAUCAAAGAAAAAGGGAUUGAGAAUGUCACUGUGGAAGACUUGGUGGCUGGAAUCACUCCUAAAGGAAGAGCGCUGGUGCCUGACAGUGUGAAGAAGGAGCUACUGCAGAGAAUAAGGGCCUUCUUAGCCCAACAUUCCACAUGAUGGACAGGAAACAGGAUGCCAACUGAAAUGCCACAUUAGCUGUAAACCUGAAUUUUUCUAAAUUCUUUUUCUUUUCUUUUUUUUAAACUGUUUGUGUACUGCCUUGAAUAUUGUUGACAAAUUAAAAAUCAAGUCUGGUCAAUGAUUUUGAUGGUGUUUCAAUAAAGUUAAUUCAUGUUUGUAA